AUGGUUACUUUUGAUCAAGUCUCUGCAUUGAAACCUUUCAAAACAAUGUGGAGAAUAAGGGUUAAGAUAAUUCGUCUAUGGAAACAGUACUCUGCCCGGACUGGAGAGAGUAUAGAGAUGGUUUUAGUGGAUUCAAGUGGUGAUAAGAUACAUGCUACGGUGACAAAUGAUUUGGUGUCCAAUUUGGAAGGAUUACUUUAUGAAGGGUGCUCUAAAAUAUUGAUUAAUUUUGUUGUUGCCUACUCAUAUGGAUCAUAUCGACCAACCAAUCAUGCUUAUAAAAUUCAGUUUCUACCCUUAACCCGUGUUCGCCCUUGUGGAGAUUUACCACUACGAUUGACUGGUUUCCAGCCAGUGCAUUUUAUGCAAAUCUUAGAUGGUCGUCUUAAUACCGAUUUUCUGGUUGAUGUUAUCGGAGAGGUUGUUGAGGUUAGUCCUCUUGAAAUCAUUGCCGUAAAUGGAAAAGACACACAAAGGAUUUCGUGUGAGCUAAGGAAUGAAGAAAGUGUCAAGCUGUCUUGUGUUUUGUGGGGAAAAUGCGCAUUGGAUGUUAUCGAUGCAAUUCAACUUAGACGAGAGAACUCCAUUAUUUGUGUAUUAAGAUUUGUCAAGAUCAGAGUCUAUAAAGAGGAUCGAAGUAUUGAGAACGCAUAUAAGGUGUCCUACAUAGCGAUAAAUCCGGAGAUGCAUGAAGUUAUAGCGUUCCAGGCAGUGUUGCCAAAAGAUGCUUUAACGUUGGCUAUUGUCGAGCCCAAACCGUGGUCCAGGGUUUCAAUGAUAUCAGAGAAUGAGGACUUUUUUAUUCAUACUCCAAGGAAAACAAUCGCAGAGGUUUUGAACACCAGAAAUGUGGAGAGAUGUAUUCUUAUGUGUACAAUAGCAGCGGUUGAUUCGGACAUGGGUUGGUACUAUUUGAGUUGUAAAGUGUGCGCAACUAAAGUAUUGACCGUACCAAAUGACAAUGAUUAUUCAUUCAUGCCUAUACUGGAUGGUGGGUACAAAUACUACUGUACUAAGUGUAAGAUUGUCGGUCCGAAGCUAUUGCCAAGGUAUAAUUUACAUUUGGUAGUUCUUGAUAAUACCAGCAACACCAAAUUACAUCUAAGUGAUAGUCUUUCAUUCAAGUUACUACAUCAACCUUGCGUUGAGUUAACUGGAAAGGUUAAAAGCGAGAUUCAGGAACCUUCUUUUUUACCCUCCGCUUUGACUAAUUUGGUUGGUAAGACAUAUCUGUUUAAGAUCCUUAUCGAGAAGGAUAAUUAUCUUUACAAGCACGAGACAUUCAAGGUGGAAAAUGACCAUGUUAUGAGCCCAUCAUUCUUAACUGCAUCCCAACGAGCCGUGGGUGCUACGAAGGAACGUGGUAGUUCCUCCGAUGAAAAACUAUAUAAUUAUCUGACACCAGCUAAACGAAGUGCAAUCCCAAUUAAAGAUUUUGUGGCAGAAUUUGAAGAGAUGAAUGAAACCAAAGUGUCACCACUAUUGAAAGUCAAGAAGGAGGAGAGUGAAGUAAUUAUCCAUAAAUAUCUGACACCAGCUAAACGGAGUGGAAUCCCAAUUAAAGAUUUGUUGGCAGAAUUUGAUGAGAUGAGUGAAACAAAAGUCCCACCAGCAUUGAGGAUCAAGAAGGAGGAGAGUGACUUAAGUGGCUGA